GCUGCUGAGGUGUUAUUUCGGGGCGGUACUGACAGACAUGCGCACGGCUGAUGGAAGAGAGCACAUCUGCAAUGACGUCACCUCCACCCCCUGAAAAAGCUGCCAAUUUGAAGCUGUCCGGGACUGAGACAUAACCCGGUCUCUGCAAUGUAGUGAGGAGGCGCUGCUCCAAGCCAAACUUUUUUUUUGUUGUUGUUGCUGGUGUUUGGAUGCACUUUCUCCCUCUCUCUCUCCCCCCCCCUGUCUUAACCUUUCCAAUCCAGCCUGAGCCACAGACCCUGAGCACAGAGUCUUGAAUGUAGUCUCUGGCUGCUGGAGGAGCUCAAACUUUGUUCCUGUGCUCAGAUCCUUUGCUGCUGCUGCUGCUCCUGCUCCUCGGGCAGUCUGGAGCUGAAGCGGAGACUCUCAGCCCAGAUCCAGAGGAUGGCCAGAGAGCUUAGAGGGAGAUGAGAAGAGGAGAGCGGAGGAAGUUUGUGCGCGGAACUUGAGGGGAGUCUGCAGGAGUCUUUUGUCCCGGGCUCUCCCUUCAACGCUUGGACCGGAGCUGACAGUGAGGAUGAGCGUGGAAUGCAGAUGGAUCAGUCAAGACAAGUUUCCAAUAUAGCGCUUCCUGUUUGGAGUUACACCUGAGACUGACUGCGUCUGAUGGAUUACGGUGUUUUCUGCGAGCGGCUGACAUGAAUCCAGGGGCCAGCGAGAUGUGGAAAUGCUGCUCGCCUUCAGGAGAAAUCUGAGACCUGGAUGAGCCUCCGACUCGACUGCGAGAGAAUUUCAAGCGCAGGAGACGAGAACCAUGGACUUGUUAUGGUGUGACGCAGCGUAGCAUUUUAACCCGUCUGCAGCGCCCUCUCUCUCUCUCCCUCCCCACCCCUCCACCUCCCCCUUCACCCCCCCCACCCCUCCACCUCCCCCUUUUCCCCCCCCAUCCCACCCCAUGUCACAUCUUUCCCUGAAUUAUGGAAAUUCUGUGGAAGACGCUGACUUGGACUCUGAGCCUGGUGGUGAUGGCCGCUUCUGAAUUUCAAAGCGUCAACAGACUUUCGCACAACUCUCAAGAGGAGUUCCUGUCCUACCUGCAGCACUACCAGCUAACUGUCCCGGUGCGGGUGGAUGAGAAUGGAGAGUUCCUGAGCUACACUGUGAAGCACCACCGGCCGGGCCGACGGAGACGAGGCCUGGCGGACGCCAUCGUGGGCCCCCAGCCCGCGCUGGACCCCCCGCUGGAGCCCCGGCUCUUCUACAGACUGUCGGCCUACGGAAAGCACUUUCACCUGAACCUGACUCUCAACCCGCACCUGGUGUCGAGGCACUUCGCGGUGGAGUACUGGGGCAGAGACGGGCUGGAGUGGAGGCACGACGCCGUGGACAACUGCCACUACGUCGGGUUCCUGCAGGACCAGCACAGCACGACGAGGGUGGCGCUCAGCAACUGCAAAGGCCUGCACGGCGUCAUAACAACAGAGGAAGAACAGUAUUUAAUAGAGCCUUUAAAGAACAUAUCCUCCACCACCUCCAGCGAAUGGAACCUGGAAGAAGCACAGCAACAUGUUAUUUAUAAAAUGUCUGCCAUUCCCUCACCACAAGAGCAUAGCCAGGAGUUCAGCUGUGGCAUUUCAGACCUCAUUAAAAGCAGUGUACCUUGCCAGAUUAGCACACCCUCCCCUGUCCACCCGUCCUCUGUCCCUCAAAACGACAGCGAGCCGUCAAACAGCACCCACAGGCAGCGGCGCUCCGUCAGCACCGAGCGCUUCGUGGAGACGCUCGUGGUCGCUGAUAAGAUGAUGGUCGGCUACCACGGGCGCAAAGACAUCGAGCACUACAUCCUGUCCGUGAUGAAUAUUGUUGCCAAACUUUACCGUGAUGCCAGUCUAGGAAAUGUUGUGAACAUCAUUGUGACCAGGCUGAUUGUUCUGACUGAAGAUCAACCAAACCUGGAAAUUAAUCACCACGCUGACAAGUCUCUGGACAGUUUCUGUAAGUGGCAGAAGUCCAUCCUGUCUCAUCACAGCGAUGGAAACAAUAUCCCGGAGAACGGCAUGGCUCAUCACGACAACGCUGUCCUAAUCACCCGGUAUGACAUCUGCACCUACAAGAACAAACCCUGUGGCACUUUAGGCCUGGCCUCAGUCGCUGGAAUGUGCGAGCCGGAGAGAAGCUGCAGCAUCAACGAAGACAUCGGCCUCGGCUCCGCUUUCACCAUCGCGCACGAGAUCGGCCACAAUUUCGGGAUGAACCACGACGGCAUCGGGAAUUCCUGCGGCACCAAAGGCCACGAGACGGCCAAGCUGAUGGCGGCUCACAUCACGGCCAACACCAACCCCUUCUCCUGGUCCGCCUGCAGCAAAGACUACAUCACCAGCUUCCUCGACUCAGGUCGGGGGACGUGUCUGGACAAUGAACCUCUGAAACGAGACUUCCUGUACCCAACAGUGGCCCCGGGGCAGGUGUACGACGCAGACGAGCAGUGCCGCUUCCAGUACGGGGCCUCGUCGCGCCAGUGCAAGUACGGGGAAGUGUGUAGAGAGCUCUGGUGCCUUAGCAAAAGCAACCGCUGUGUAACCAACAGUAUCCCUGCAGCCGAGGGGACCCUGUGUCAGACCGGCAGCAUCGAGAAGGGGUGGUGCUACCAGGGGGAGUGCGUGGCGUUCGGUACCUGGCCUCAGAGCGUGGACGGGGGCUGGGGGCCGUGGUCGAUGUGGGGGGAGUGCAGCAGGACCUGUGGGGGCGGUGUUUCCUCCUCCAUGAGGCACUGUGACAGCCCAGCGCCGUCCGGAGGAGGCAAGUACUGUCUCGGGGAGAGGAAACGAUACAGAUCCUGUAACACCGAUGCCUGUCCCGCAGGAGCUCGUGAUUUCCGGGAGAAGCAGUGCGCCGAUUUUGACGGCAUGCCUUUCCGUGGGAAGUACUACAACUGGAAGCCGUACACUGGUGGUGGUGUUAAGCCCUGUGCACUGAACUGCUUGGCAGAGGGCUACAACUUCUACACCGAGCGCUCGCCUGCAGUCAUAGACGGCACCCGGUGUCAGGCAGACUCUCUGGACAUUUGCAUCAAUGGAGAGUGUAAGCACGUGGGCUGCGACAACAUCCUGGGCUCCGACGCUAAAGAAGACCGAUGCCGAGUGUGCGGAGGCGACGGCAGCACCUGCGAGGCCACCGAGGGACUCUUCAACGAGUCUCUACCCAGAGGAGGCUACAUGGAGGUGGUUCAGAUCCCAAAGGGCUCCGUUCACAUUGAGAUCACAGAAGUAGCCAUGUCAAAGAAUUAUAUUGCUUUGAAAUCUGAAGAGGAUGAUUACUACAUCAACGGAGCGUGGACCAUCGACUGGCCCAGGAAGUUUGACAUCGCGGGGACGGCCUUCCACUACAAGAGACCCUCCGAUGAACCCGAGUCUCUGGAGGCGCUGGGGGCUACCACCGAAAACCUGGUCGUCAUGGUCCUCCUUCAAGAACAAAACCUCGGGAUACGCUACAGGUUCAACGUUCCCAUCCAGCGCACGGGCAGCGGUGACAACGAGGUGGGCUUCUCCUGGCACCACCUGCCCUGGUCCGAAUGCUCCGCUACCUGCGCCGGAGGCUCCCAGAAGCAGGAGGUGGUGUGUAAGAGGCUGGACGACAACUCGGUGGUGCAGAACAACUACUGUGACCCAGACAGCAAACCUCCAGACAACCAGAGGGACUGCAACACUGAGCCGUGUCCUCCAGAGUGGUUUAUUGGCGACUGGUCGGAGUGCGGGAAGACGUGCGACGGCGGGACGAGGACGAGGACGGUCCUGUGCAUCAGGAAGAUCGGCCCGGCCGAGGAGGAGACGCUGGAGGACACCCACUGUCUGACCCACCGGCCCAUCGAGAGAGAGUCCUGCAACAACCAGUCCUGCCCCCCCAAGUGGGUCACCCUGGACUGGUCUGAGUGCACGCCCAAAUGUGGCCCCGGCUUCAAGCACCGCAUCGCUUUGUGCAAGAGCAGCGACCUGACCAAGACGUUCCCGCCCGCGCACUGCCCCAGCCACAACAAACCUCCGGUCCGAAUCCGCUGCAGCCUGGGACGCUGCCCACCUCCCCGCUGGAUCCCCGGUGAAUGGGGUCAGUGUUCGGCUCAGUGUGGCCUGGGCCAGCAGAUGAGGACGGUGCAGUGCCUGUCCUACACGGGGCAGCCGUCGAACGAGUGCGCCGAGUCCCUCCGACCCACCACCAUGCAGCAGUGCGAGAGCAGGUGUGACGCCACGCCGAUCUCCAACGGCGACGAAUGCAAGGACGUAAACAAAGUGGCCUACUGCCCUCUGGUCCUGAAGUUCAAGUUCUGCAGCCGAGCGUACUUCAGACAGAUGUGCUGCAAGACCUGCCAGGGACACUGACCCUCGGACAGAGGAGACGUAGCAAAAAAAAAGAAAAAUUUAAUAAAGUAUCGAGCGAUGCAGCAAGAUGGAGGGAGAGGACCGGCCAGACUGAGGAGAAGAAAAAAGAAAAGCCAAGACUCUGGAGCAGAAAGAAAAAAGAGAUCAGCGCCGCCGUCGUCCUCCUGCCCUCUUCAUCGUGGUGGAACCCAAACCACUGCUCAGCCGGCGACGCUGACACACACUUAAAAUUUCACUUCUGUGAAGUGGAACUGGGAAGAUUGUUUGUUGCUGAUGUUAUUUUUUUAUUAUAAUAAUAAUUAUUGAUAUCAUUGUUAGUCUUCCUCCGUGUUUCAUGAAUCCAAAGUGCUGGACACAUCGGCUCGCAGCGGGGGCGUCCAGCUCCUGCGUUUUGGGACGACUGUGAUGGUGCUGUUGGCGGGCAGACUUCAGGCUUCGGUGCACUUUUUUUUUUUUUUUUUUUUUGUCUUCCCGUGUAAAUACUAAAUGCCAAUUUACCGCUCACGUACGACAGAGAACCCCCAUCGGUGUACUGUAUAUUUAUUCCAAACAGAGCUGAUCGUGUCUGAUAGUAUGACAGCAGCCUACUGGCACGGAAGGGAAUGUAAUGUGAUUCGAUUCAUAUUCAGUGUGCUGGAAUGGAAAUAUUACAUACUGUAACGUACCCUUAUAUACUGUAAGGACUUAUAUAUUAUAUAUUAUACAUGAUGAUGAUUAAUCGAGGGUUAGGAGAGGAGUUUAAAGUCAUUUUUUUUUUAGUUUUAUUUUUUCCCCCUGGACGUGUGCCUUAGUUCCUAACAGUCAAAUAAAAAGAAAGUUCAUCCAAAGUGUGUAUAUAUAUGUGUGUAUAUAUAUAUAUAUAUAUAUACACGCAGUGGAUGUGAGACAGUUGCCAAGCUGGCAAACGUCGAGGAGCUUUCCGUUCACAUUUGAAGGAUUCGUUUUGAAGGAGCAUUUUCUAUGAAGCAGCAUCAGUAUCUUAAACUCUUUUCAAGGCUGGUUGAUCAUCAUCUCACCACGCGUCGGUCGGACGUCACAGCUCAGCAGAAAGUGUUAAAGGAGGAGUUAGUUCAACAUUUGGGGACACGGAGCUGUUAGCUCGCUAGGUUAGCUUAGCUUACCAUAAGGAUUGACUUUGAAGUUAUAGUUGCAGUGCAAGAAACUGAAGACUCCAGAAACAAAAAACACACCAAAAAAAAAAAGAAAACUGGGCUCGUAGAGUUUCCUUCGUCGUGACUAAGGGUCCAGUCAUGCGACACCCACACAUGUUCCCAUUUAAACCCCAGCUCCCCACCGGCCCUUUAGAGCUGGAGACUGGGAUGAAACGUCUAAAUGUCACGUUGACCUUUCAUUUUGGAUAAACACCGCGACCUGGAUGACUGAGAACCUUCACAGACGUUAACUACCACAAUCCAGUCGGUGGGAAACACUUGAUCCGAUCCACCCGUGGUCUGGCUGGAACAAAUCCAGUGUUUCUGAGCGUGUUUUUGCUCCACGUGGGAUGAAGAAGAUGAACUAAAUGAGUUUCCAGUAGGAACUCAGGGAACACAGGAGAUAAACGAAGGUGGAAUCCACGUGGGCAGCGGCAUUGGAAGGUUUUAUAGUGAUGGAUAUUUCAGGGCACGCAGCGUCCAUGCAGACAAAAACGCGGUCAAAAUAAGUCGCUGCAAUACUGCGUGCGGCCACUAGGACAAACAGCUAGUCCACGAUUGAACUCUAAUAAGAUUUAGGGCCUGUUUCUAGUAUUUAUUUUAGCCAACCCAUCCGUUAAAGGCAUAUUUGUUUCAAAAUGUUGAACUAUUCCAACUCACACACCACGUAUCCGGACUUCAGCCAACUCAACGGUGCUUCCCCUCCUGUUGUAUUGUAUUUUUUAUUAUUUUUAAUUUCCACGGAGUACUGUGUUUACCUCUUCUUUUCCUCCUGCUACGCUCCGUUGGUUGCGGCCUCCCUGGGCUUCUGGUGCUAAUCAAGCGGGUGCUUCCAUUCAAACCCUCCUCCAAACAAAUAUGAAAUAAUGUACGCGUCAAUAUCUCUGUUUGGUAAAUGCUGGUCAUGUCCUUGUUUUAGUUUUGUGUCUGUUUAUACCUCACACUGGGAAUUUUCAUUGUUUAACCGUGCAUUUAUCGAUUGUGCAACUAACAAGAAAAAAAAAUAAGAAAAAUGGACGCUCGCCUCCCCCCCCUCCUUCCUCCUUCCCCCAACACGGAUCCCUUCACCACACGCUUGCCACAGAAGGAGAAAUCCGAGAGACAAUGCAAGGCGUGUAGGAAAAAAAAACAUUUUUUUUUUGCUGCUGCUACGAUUUCUGUAGCCACCUUCAGUAUGAACACAUUUUAAAACGGUUAUUUUACCGAAACCUUGAAUGAGCCGGGGGGGUCGGGACAGGACGGUGGACGCUGGGAGGCUCGGACACGACCCGUCCGCCCGGGGACAAGGAGCCUCCAAAACGAACACGAGACGACGUGAACUCGAUCAAACUGGUCCUCAUUGCUGUGAACCUGGAUGUCUGAAUGUCACAUUGCUUAAUUACCUUAAAAAAAUAAAAUUAUUAAAAAAAGAAAGAAAAAAAGUGCAAGAGAAAUGAAAAGCAUCAUGUGAUUAGCUGCAUAUAUUUUAUAUUCAGUAUUAAUGUUGGUACACUGUUACUAAUUUUUUUUCCUUUCAAAUGUAAAUUAUAUGCUAAUUUAUUGCAUUGUCUCACUUGUACAUUUAUUUCACUGCAUGCAAACAGAAAUUUAGCAUAGUGAAAAAAAUGCAGUGAUGCAGCCCUUCACCAACAUUCUUUUUUUUUUAAGUAGAUACAAUAAAAAGAGCAGCUUUUAAAGAGA